CCGGUACUUCUUUAUGAGCUCUUAUAUAUAAUGGUAACUUGCAUCAACGUUUAAUGACUGGGUCACUGAGUUGAAAAGAACAACCCAGUUGAGUCCUUGUACUCUUUCCAUAGCAAAAAGGAUAAACGAGAGGAGGGUUGAAGCUGGUUUUCUGUUGUAAACGAUUAGUCUUUUGAAAUGGAUGCUGGGGAUGUGUAUAGAUUGAGGGGAAGUUUACGGAUAGGAAGUACUUCGUUGAGGGGUUCGUCAAGGAGGCCGAUUCCUAUUGAUGUAUUUUCAAGGUCUGUAAGAGAGGAAGACGAUGAAGAGGCCUUAAAAUGGGCGGCAUUAGAGAAGUUGCCGACGUUUGAUCGUUUAAGGAAAGGCAUACUCACCGCUUCACGUGGUGGUUAUGAUGAAAUCGAUGUGGAUAAUCUUGGGCCUCAGGAAAAGCAGAAGCUGAUUGAAAAGUUGGUUAAAAUUGCAGAAGUUGAUAAUGAAAGGUUUCUCUACAAGCUAAGAGACCGCAUUGAUAGAGUUGGAAUUGAGCUUCCCAAAAUCGAGGUUCGAUUUGAGCAUUUGAAUAUUGAAGCAGAAGCACAUGUGGGAAGUAGAGCUUUGCCUUCUUUCUUUAACUUCUCCAUUAACAUGGUUGAGAAUUUGUUGAUUUCUCUACAUAUUCUUUCGAGUCGAAAGAAACGCUUUACAAUCCUUAACGAUAUCAGUGGGAUCAUUAAGCCAAAGAGAAUGACAUUGCUUUUGGGUCCUCCGGCUUCUGGCAAGACUACACUACUGUUGGCUUUGGCCGGGAAGCUUGAUGCUUCUUUAAAGACAUCUGGUGCGGUGACAUACAAUGGGCAUCAACUAAAUGAGUUUGUGUCGCAGAGAACUGCUGCUUAUAUCGGUCAACAUGAUGUUCAUAUAGGAGAAAUGACCGUUAGGGAAACUUUGGCCUUCUCUGCUAGAUGCCAGGGGGUCGGAACUCGUUAUGAAAUGUUGGCCGAAUUGUCAAGAAGAGAGAAAGCAGCCAAUAUUAAGCCUGAUCCUGAUAUUGAUGUCUUCAUGAAGGCAGCAGCAACAGAAGGCCAAGAAGCCAGCGUGGUCACUGAUUAUAUUCUAAAGAUUCUAGGACUAGAAGUCUGUGCUGAUACCAUGGUAGGUGAUGAAAUGUUUAGAGGUAUCUCAGGAGGACAAAAGAAGCGAGUUACAACAGGUGAAAUGCUGGUUGGACCAGCAAAUGCACUGUUCAUGGAUGAGAUAUCAACUGGUUUGGACAGCUCAACAACCUUUCAAAUUGUGAAUUGUAUAAGGCAAUCCGUUCACAUAAUGGAUGGAACUGCUGUGAUCUCCCUCCUACAGCCAGCACCGGAGACUUAUAAUCUCUUUGAUGACAUUAUACUUCUAUCUGAUGGUCAGAUUGUGUACCAGGGUCCCCGUGAGCAAGUGCUAGAGUUUUUUGAAUCCAUGGGCUUUAGAUGUCCUGAAAGAAAAGGCGUUGCUGAUUUCCUACAAGAAGUGACAUCAAAGAAAGAUCAGCAGCAGUAUUGGGCACGUAGUGAUGAGCCUUAUAGGUAUAUCAAAGUCAAAGAAUUUUCUGAUGCAUUUCAAUCAUUCCAUGUGGGUCGGAAAAUUGGUGAUGAACUUGGAGUUCCAUUUGAUAAGAGAAAGAGUCACCCAGCUGCUUUGACUACCGACACAUAUGGUGUUAGCAAGAAGGAGUUGUGGAAAGCUAACGUAUCAAGAGAACUUUUGCUGAUGAAAAGGAAUUCCUUUGUCUACAAAUUUAAGCUCAUGCAACUUACGGCAAUGGCUCUGCUUGCCUGUACAAUCUUCUUCCGAACCAAGAUGCCCCGAAAUAAUGCAAAUGAUGGAACGAUUUUUACGGGUGCCCUGUUCUUCACUGUUAUUAUGGUCAUGUUCAAUGGAAUGUCAGAGAUUUCUAUGACCAUAGCUAAGCUUCCUGUUUUUUACAAGCAAAGAGACCUCCGUUUCUAUCCCUCCUGGGCAUAUUCUCUUCCAACUUGGAUUCUCAAGAUCCCCAUCUCAUUUAUUGAGGUUGCUGUUUGGAUUGGCAUAGCCUAUUAUGUAAUUGGUUUUGAUCCCAAUGUUGGCAGGUUUUUUAAGCAGUACAUAGUGCUCUUGCUAAUUAACCAGAUGUCUUCUGGAAUGUUUCGAUCAAUUGCUGCAAUAGGCAGGAACAUGAUAGUUGCCAAUACGGGUGGUUCAUUUGCAUUGCUCCUGCUUUUUGCAUUGAGUGGAUUUAUCCUUUCACGAGCUGACAUCAAGAAGUGGUGGAUAUGGGCGUACUGGUGUUCACCUUUGAUGUAUGCACAGAAUGCCAUAGUGGUUAAUGAGUUCCUUGGACAUAGUUGGAAAAAACCUGAUCCAGAUUCUCCAAAUAAAACACUGGGAGUAGCAGUUCUGGAGGCUCGCUCAUUCUUCACAGAAGCAUAUUGGUAUUGGAUAGGAAUUGGAGGACUUUUUGGUUUUGUCCUACUGUUAAACACCAUUUUCACUUUGGCUCUCACUUAUCUCAAUCCGUUCAAUAAGCCUCAAACUAUUAUAGCAGAGGAAUCCAACAAUGAUGAGCCUGAUUCCAUCACUGGAGGAGCCAUUCAGUUGCAAACCUAUGGAAGACUCACAAGUAAGAGAGAUCACUCAGAGAGAGAAGAUGCCAUUAGGAGGAGAUCAAGUUCCUCUGCUUUUUCCGCAUCCAUGACAGAGGCUAUUCAUCUCAAGAAAAGAGGAAUGGUUCUUCCAUUCGAACCACAUUCCAUCACCUUUGAUGAAAUUACAUACUCAGUUGACAUGCCACAGGAAAUGAAACUUCAAGGUGUUCUUGAAGACAAAUUGGUGCUUCUGAAGGGUGUGAGUGGUGCUUUCAGGCCCGGUGUUCUUACUGCUUUGAUGGGUGUAAGUGGUGCUGGUAAAACCACUCUGAUGGAUGUAUUGGCUGGUAGAAAAACUGGCGGAUACAUUGAUGGGACCAUCACAAUUUCUGGGUACCCUAAGAAGCAAGAGACAUUUGCUCGAAUUUCAGGAUACUGUGAGCAAAAUGACAUCCACUCUCCUCAUGUAACUGUCUAUGAGUCUUUGGUCUAUUCCGCCUGGCUCCGUUUACCCUCUGAAGUCGAUAAAAAUACUAGAAUGAUGUUCAUUGAUGAAGUCAUGGAGCUUGUGGAAUUAACUCCAUUAAGACAAGCACUAGUUGGUUUGCCUGGUGAAAAUGGUCUGUCAACUGAGCAGCGUAAGAGGCUUACCAUAGCAGUUGAGCUCGUAGCAAACCCGUCAAUCAUAUUUAUGGAUGAGCCAACUUCAGGUCUGGAUGCAAGAGCUGCUGCGAUUGUUAUGAGAACAGUUAGGAACACUGUGGACACAGGAAGAACAGUGGUUUGCACCAUCCAUCAGCCAAGCAUUGACAUAUUUGAAGCCUUUGAUGAGGUGAAUAAUUUUAACUCACGUAUACAUAAGGUUUCUUUUUCUUUUGGGUUCUUUUCUAUCCAAAAGUAUGAUACAUUAAAUAUGGCAUUGCAGCUAUUCCUAUUGAAGCGAGGAGGACAAGAAAUUUAUGCUGGGCCUCUGGGUCGCCAUUCUAGACAUCUUAUUAAGUACUUUGAGGAUAUUCAUGGAGUUAGUAAAAUUACAGAUGGUUACAAUCCCGCUACUUGGAUGUUGGAAGUUACUGCCAUGUCUCAAGAAGUAGUUCUGGGGGUUGAUUUUGCUGAAAUCUAUAAGAAUUCAGAACUCUACAGGAGAAACAAGGCACUCAUUAAAGAUCUAAGCAAGCCUGUUCCGGGAUCAAAGGACCUCUAUUUCCCUACUCAAUACACACAACCGUUCAUCAUCCAGUGUCUGGCUUGCUUAUGGAAACAACGGCUGUCAUACUGGCGUAAUCCAUCAUACACAGCCGUCAGAUUUCUGUUCACAACCUUUAUAGCUUUGAUAUUUGGGACAAUGUUCUGGAAAUUGGGCGGCAAAACGAAAAAACAACAAGAUCUGUUUAAUGCAAUGGGUUCCAUGUAUGCUGCUGUGAUCUUUCUUGGUGUCCAAAACGCUGGAGCUGUGCAGCCUGUUGUAGCAGUUGAAAGGACAGUGUUCUACCGAGAAAGAGCUGCAGGAAUGUAUUCAGCCAUGCCGUAUGCUUUUGGGCAGAUUGCGAUUGAGCUUCCUUAUGUUUUCGCUCAAGCUGCAGUCUAUGGCGUUAUUGUGUAUGCAAUGAUUGGAUUUGAAUGGAAUGCUGCUAAGUUCUUUUGGUACUUAUUCUUCAUGUACUUCACAUUACUAUACUUCACCUUCUACGGCAUGAUGGCUGUGGCUAUGACACCAAACCACCACAUUGCCGGCAUCGUUUCCUCUGCAUUUUAUGGAAUAUGGAAUGUCUUUUCUGGCUUCAUCAUCCCAAGGACUAGAAUUCCAAUAUGGUGGAGAUGGUACUACUGGGCAUGCCCUGUUGCUUGGACAUUUUACGGGUUAGUCACAUCACAGUUUGGAGAUCUUCAGGAUCAACUCGAAGGCAAUAAUGGCCAAACAGUGGAACAGUUUUUGCGAGAAUUCUUCGGCUUCAGGCAUGAUUUUCUUGGGGUAUGUGCAGUUGUUGUUGUUGGAUUCACAGUUCUGUUUGCUCUAAUCUUUACUGCAGGAAUCAAAGCAUUAAAUUUCCAAAGAAGAUAGAAAUUUAAUCCCAGUUUCUGUAUUAGUAUUUUGCUUCAUUGUCACCUCUUGUACAGUGUUUGCCUUUGGUCACUUCUAGUACCAAAUUUGUACAAGUUUCAAUUCACUUUGAAUAGUUGUAAUUCACUGUAAGCUACUGGGCCAAGUUAAAGAAUAUGACUGUCAUUGUGCAAUGUACACAAUUUGUAUUAUGGUUCCAUUGAUGAAGUAACUAAAGUAAACAUGAUCCAUUUUGUCAAA